AUUGAUUCACAACAAGGCUACGUAAACCCCUUCUCCGAACUCUCUCGGAAGAAAAAAUUUCUCUGAACUUUUUAUUCUUUCCAAUCAACGAGCAGAGAUCUGGUUCGGUCUCGGCUCCGAGACCUCAAUCUCAUCAACCAUGAGAAGAGCUUCAGCUCUCGCCACCUCCUCCCUGAUCUCCAGAUCUCUGGCCACCGUCGAUGGCGGCGCAGCCGUCUCCAACCACCGCCUCCUUCAGGUAGCUCUAUUCGCCAGCAGUAGCACUAGCGAAGCCUGUUCUCGCUCUCGUAGCCGGUGGUUCUCUCCCAUGGUUGAAUCUUUUUCCAGUGGCUCGUAUAGGGCGAUAUCAGUUGGCAUCGCCGGAGUUAUGGUAUCGGGGGUCGCUGCGGCAACUCUGUCUCAGCAGGUCUACGCUAAAGAGCCUCCGCCGCCGGAGUUGGUCCCCAAAGACGUCGUUCUUUACCAGUACGAAGCUUGCCCCUUCUGCAAUAAAGUUAAAGCAUUCUUGGACUACUAUGAUAUACCAUACAAAGUUGUAGAAGUCAACCCAAUUAGCAAGAAAGAGAUUAAAUGGUCCGACUACAAGAAGGUUCCUAUUUUGGUGGUUGAUGGUGAACAGCUGGUCGACUCAUCAGUUAUUAUUAAUAAACUGGGUGGCAAAAUUCUUCCGGAUAAAGUAGCUCCUUCUGGGGAUGAUGAAGAGACGAAGUGGCGCCAGUGGGUUGACAAUCACUUGGUGCAUAUCUUAUCACCCAACAUAUACCGAAAUACAUCAGAAGCCCUUGAAUCGUUUGACUAUAUUACAAGCAAUGGUAACUUCAGCUUCACAGAAAGGAUUACAGUAAAAUAUGCUGGUGCUGCAGCUAUGUACUUUGUAUCGAAGAAUCUGAAGAAGAAAUAUAACAUUACUGAUGAACGCGCAGCCCUGUAUGAUGCUGCUGAAACAUGGGUGAAUGCACUGAAUGGGAGAGAUUUUCUUGGUGGCUCGAAGCCUAAUAUGGCGGACCUUGCGGUGUUUGGCGUGUUGAGACCAAUCCGUUAUCUGAGGUCCGGGAAAGACAUGGUAGAGCACACUCGUAUCGGAGAAUGGUACACAAGAAUGGAGGCAUCUGUGGGAGAGUCUGCAAGGAUAAAAGAAUGAAAAACAGUAUGUAUUCAUGUAGAGUUCAUCAUGAAAGGGGGUCUCUACUAUAAGCUUCACUUUGAUUUUGUGUCACUUAACUAUAUCUAUAUAGAGAACACAGUUUUGGGAGCAACAUUUUCUAUUCAUGAUUAUUGAAAAUUAGCAAAAUUUGCUAUAAAGUUUUUCUUUCUUAGAAAGUGAUACCAUUAUUAUCACAACAGUUGAAUUUGUACGCAGCAUAGUAAUAAAAAAAUAAAAAAAUUAAGAUGUGGGUUAUGAUUUAGAAUA